AUGGCGCUCACGCAUGCCGUGCUGCUGAUUGCACUGGCAUCACAGUCAUGUGCUCAAUUUGGAGGAUUCGGGAACGGCAACAAUCCAUCUACAGCCAACGGUAACGGAAACAACAACAAUAAUGGUAUUUUCAACCUCGGCAGCAACAACGCCGAUCGCACGUUCUUCUCAUCACAAAGGACGCUCGCGAUUGCGCAUGCCGUUCUGGCGUGCCUAGUGUUUGGCUUCAUCUUUCCCGCAGGUGGUAUCGUCAUCCGCUUGACAACAUUCAAGGGAGCCUGGAUCCUCCACGGUCUUUGCCAAUUGUUCGGAUAUCUCCUCUACAUCGCGGCCGCAGCAAUGGGGAUCUACAUGGCCGUCAAUCUCGAAUUGAUGAAUCAAGCGCACGCCAUCAUCGGCAUAGUCCUCCUAAUAUCGAUUUUCAUUCAGCCCUUCACAGGCUUGCUGCACCACGCUGCAUUCAAGAAGCACUUCCGCAGAACCAUUCCAAGUUUCGUGCACGUCUGGCUCGGACGCGCUGGGAUCACACUUGGGAUCAUUAAUGGUGGCUUGGGGCUACAAUUGGCCCGUAAACUGCCUUUUGCACGGCCCAGCAGAGGUGCCAUCGUCGGAUACAGUGUCAUCGCUGGCUUCAUGUGGAUGUUGUACGUCGUCGCUGUGAUCGUCGGAGAGUCACGUCGAAGUCGAGCGGCAAAAUUGACAACUCGCGAUCCGAAAUCGUCAGGCUCAUCGCCUGCGCGGAGGAACGAGAGGGAGGUAGGCCACUAG